CAGAAACCUAUCGUGGUCUUUGAAGUUUCAACACCAGAGCAGACCCAGAUCAGACCACCCUUUGAAAAAUCAAAAAGCUACCUUCCCAUUUCCGCGCCUAUAUGCAAAUCUCCAAAUACCCAAAACCCUCCUCACAACCCCACUCCUUUCCCUUCAAAUAAAACAACAAACCCUCUGUGCGUGUGUGUAAAGAGCGAGCAAUGGAAGAAGAAGACCAACAAAAGGUCUCAGAUCUGAUCAAAGAGCUAGUCCUACGCUUACUCUCCCAGAACCCCACCUCCGAUUCGCGUCCCAUAGACCCCAGCUCCCCCGAUUUCCGCAACUCUCUACGCUACGCGUUUCGCAUACUCUCCAGCCGAAUGACGCCCUCCGUCGCGCCCGACGCCGCCGCCAUCGCCGAGUCCAUCAAGCGCCGCCUCGCCACUCAAGGUAAGUCCUCUGAAGCCCUCACUCUCGCCGACCUUUGCACCAAAUUCGCCUCCAAAACUGGCACUGGUAGCGUCAAUAACAAGUGGGCCGUCCUUUAUUUGCUCAAAAUCAUAGCCGAGGACCGAAAAGCCGCGAGAACCCAGUUGGAUUCUUCGGCUUUGUUGCCCAAUUUGGCGUUCAACAACGCCGAUUCGGGUCACGACUCGAGGGUUUCGCGUAGUUUAGGGAGCAAAGAAAAGGGUUGGAGAAAUGGGGUUUUGUUGGUCUCGAAAGACCCAGAAAAUCGGCGUGAGAUUGCCUUUAGGGAGUUCGUGAACUUGGUUAAAGAAGAGAAUGAGGUUUGUGAAGAGGUAUUGGUGAGAGAUGUGUUGUAUGCUUGUCAGGGAAUUGAUGGAAAGUAUGUCAAAUUCGAUAAAAAUGCUGAUGGAUAUGUUUUACCGGAUUUGGUUAAGGUUCCAAGAGCGACCCGGAUUUUUGUCCGAAAGCUUUGUGAAUUGGGCUGGUUGUUUAGGAAGGUUAAAGGGUAUAUUUCGGAGUGUAUGGAUCGGUUUCCGGCUGAGGAUGUGGGAACUGUUGGGCAGGCCUUUUGUGCUGCAUUGCAAGAUGAGCUUUCGGAGUACUAUAAAUUGUUGGCAGUGCUUGAAGCACAGUCGAUGAAUCCUAUUCCAUUGGUUUCUGAGAAGGUUAGCUCGGAGAAUUAUCUAUCAUUGAGGAGGUUAUCAGUAUGGUUUGCAGAGCCGAUGGUGAAAAUGAGGCUGAUGGCUGUUUUGGUUGAUAAGUGUAAGGUCUUGAGGGGUGGGGCAAUGGCUGGGACUAUUCAUUUGCAUGCUCAGCAUGGUGAUCCGCUGGUGCACGAGUUCAUGAGGUGUUUGCUCCGGCGGGUUUGUUCUCCGCUUUUUGAGAUGGUGAGGAGUUGGGUUUUGGAAGGGGAGUUGGAAGAUAUUUUUGCUGAAUUUUUUGUUGUGGGUCAGCCAGUGAAAGCCGAGUCUCUUUGGAGAGAUGGUUACAGGCUCCACGCUGGGAUGCUUCCUUCUUUUAUUUCACAAUCUCUUGCUCAGCGCAUUUUAAGGACUGGUAAGUCUAUAAAUUUUCUUCGCGUUUGUUGUGAGGAUCAUGGUUGGGCCGAUGCUGCGACAGAAGCUGCCACUGCCGCUGGAACCACAACAAGAAGAGGGAGCCUGGGGUAUGGUGAAACCGAUGCCCUUGAAUCUUUGGUCGACGGAGCAGCAAAGAGGAUUGAUAAGCAUUUGUUGGAUGUUAUGUACAAGCAGUACAAGUUCAAAGAACAUUGUCUUGCAAUUAAGCGAUAUUUACUGCUUGGACAAGGGGAUUUUGUUCAGUAUCUAAUGGAUAUUGUUGGGCCAGAGCUCUCAGAGCCUGCUAACACCAUUAGUACUUUUAAACUAGCUGGCUUGCUGGAAACUGCAAUCCGGUCUUCUAAUGCUCAAUACGAUGAUCCUGACAUAUUGGAUCGUUUGAGGGUUAAGAUGAUGCCACAUGGAACUGGAGAUAGAGGUUGGGAUGUAUUCUCAUUGGAAUAUGAUGCAAGAGUUCCGCUGGAUACUGUGUUUACAGAGUCUGUUAUGGCAAGGUAUUUAAAAAUUUUUAAUUUCCUGUGGAAGCUUAGGCGGGUGGAGCAUGCACUUAUUGGUGCCUGGAAGACGAUGAAACCAAAUUGUAUUACUUCUCAUUCCUUCUCUAAGCUGCAACGUGCAGUUAAGUUGCAGUUGCUUUCGACAUUGAGGCGAUGCCAGGUUCUUUGGGAUGACAUGAAUCAUUUUGUUACAAACUUGCAGUAUUAUAUUAUGUUUGAAGUCUUGGAGGUGUCAUGGUCAAAUUUUUCAAGUGAAAUGGAAGUAGCAAAGGAUCUUGAUGAUCUACUUGCUGCACACGAGAAGUAUCUCCAUUCAAUUGUUGAGAAAUCCCUCCUUGGAGAACGUUCCCAGACCCUUUGCAAGUCGCUCUUUGCCUUGUUUGAUCUUAUAUUGCGAUUCCGAAGUCAUGCUGAUCGAUUAUAUGAAGGGAUUUAUGAGUUGCAAGCAAGAACUAUGGAAUCCUCUUUACCCUCUCGAGACAAGAGGAAAUCACAGAGGCAAUUAAGUGAUAAAGUGUCAGAGCCUGGGUCCUGGAUAGGUGAUGGCAAGAAAGCCCUCAUACAACGUGCCAGUGAAUUAUUUCGAAAUAUGGGACAAGAUUUGGAUGCAAUAGCAAAUGAAUAUUCGUCACUGCUUGAGGGCUUCCUUUCUCAGUUGCCUGUGCAGCAACAUGUUGAUCUGAAGUUCCUUCUGUUCCGGCUUGACUUCACUGAAUUUUAUAGCCGGUCUAGUGCUAGUUUAUAGGAAAGAAGUUGACACAUUGUUCAAGAAAAGUUUCUACAAUCAAGGCGUGAAGAAAGUUCUUCAAUUUGCAACUGCCCCUGGCCAUGUGACUGAACAAUCAUGCAGGGGCUGGCUGACCUCAGGACUUACCAGUUCAUAUCUAAUUGCUUGAACUUAGAUGGUGGUUGCUUUUUUCUGAUGGCUUUUGUGGAAGAUAAAAUUGACUUGAAGGUAUAUAUAUAUCAGGGUGUGAAAUGUGGUAGUGUACACGUUUUGUAUUUGAUAUCUGGGUGAUUUGCUUUUGGUGAUUUCUUGUGGCUUCUGCAAGUUGUCCAUCCAGAGCUUGGACAUUUGUACGAUAAAAUUUCUAUUGGCUGAAUGAUAAGCAAUGUGUGGCUCUCAAUUGUUUUGCA